CAGCAAAGCGUCUCUGAUAACAGAGAUUUUUAUAUUCAUAAUAAAAAACAGCCAAGUAGCUGACACGCGCAUUCUUUCUCUAACACAUUUCUAGAAAGAGAAACUCAUUAUCCUAGCGAGAUGAUGCAGAUUUAAAACCAUUGUCUAGAGAGAGAAACAAAAGCAUUGUCCUCCGUUUAUUUGAAGUGAGGAGAGACGAAUACGUUUCCACAUUUCUCCCAAAACUCUUUAUCACUUUCUUUCCCUAGAAAGUAUCUAUUUUAUCUAUAUAUCUCUAAAUCGAAACCCUAGCAACUGUGAUUGUCUACGAGGAAGUUAUAGUUAUUUGAUGUGAGAUAGUGUGUCAGAUCCGACAUGGCCGAUAUUUCCGGCGACGGAGAGUGUUUGUCUCCGGCUAGUUGGACGACGGAGCUGAGUACCAGAGAGAACGGGGGAAAUGUCCGGCAGACGUUGGCUAAUGAGGCGAUGUUUGCGACGGCGACGCCAUUGAUGGUGUCAGGAUCGUUUAAGGAGAGUAAGAGUUCGCGGAGGCGAGCUUCGGUUCGGCCGAGUUUGGACGCCGAUGAGUUCUUAAAUUUGCUGCACGGUUCGGAUCCGGUGAAGGUGGAGCUCAAUCGGUUGGAGAAUGAAGUCAGAGAUAAGGAUCGAGAAUUAGGAGAGGCGCAAGCUGAGAUCAAGGCAUUGAAGUUGUCAGAACGCCUCAGAGAAAAGGCCGUCGAAGAGCUCACUGAAGAGUUGACAAAGAUGGACGAGAAGCUCAAGCUAACAGAAUCUCUUCUAGAAAGCAAAAAUCUUGAGAUUAAGAAAAUCAAUGAUGAGAAGAAGGCCUCAAUGGCAGCUCAGUUUGCAGCGGAAGCCACUCUUCGAAGGGUUCAUGCUGCUCAAAAAGAUGAUGAUAUGCCACCAAUUGAAGCCAUCCUUGCACCACUGGAGGCUGAGCUCAAGCUUGCUCGGCAAGAGAUUGCAAAGCUGCAAGAUGACAACAAAGCAUUAGAUCGCCUCACAAAAUCAAAAGAGGCUGCUUUAAUUGAAGCUGAGAGGACAGUUCAGGUUGCCCUGGCUAAGGCUUCUAUGGUUGAUGAUCUCCAGAAUAAGAACCAAGAGUUGAUGAAGCAGAUAGAAAUUUGCCAGGAAGAAAAUAAAAUUUUGGAUAAAAUGCAUCGCCAAAAGGUUGCCGAGGUUGAGAAGCUUACCCAAACUGUACGUGAGCUUGAAGAGGCUGUACUUGCUGGUGGUGCAGCUGCAAAUGCUGUGAGGGAUUACCAGCGGAAAGUUCAAGAGAUGAAUGAGGAAAGAAAAACUCUUGACAGGGAGCUGGCUCGUGCAAAAGUAACAGCAAACAGGGUAGCGGUAGUGGUAGCUAAUGAAUGGAAAGAUGCUAAUGAUAAAGUGAUGCCUGUAAAACAAUGGCUUGAAGAAAGAAGGUUCUUGCAGGGAGAGAUGCAGCAACUCCGGGACAAGCUCUCUGUAGCUGAGCGAACUGCGAAAUCCGAAGCACAAUUGAAAGAAAAAUACCAACUGCGGCUCAAAGUACUAGAAGAGACUUUGAGAUCAUCGAGCAAUAACGGCCGGAGUAUGUUAGAAGGAAGAAGUGUAAGCAAUGGUCGUCGCCAAUCCCUGGGUGGAGCUGAUAACAUCUCCAAAUUGACCUCCAAUGGCUUUUUACCUAAGAGAUCACCAUCCUUCCAGUUGAGAUCUUCUCCGUCUUCUGGCACUAAUUCAGUAUUGAAGCAUGCGAAAGGGACGUCAAAGUCAUUUGAUGGCGGCACACGCUCAUUAGACACGGGUAAAGUUCUCUUAAAUGGGGUGGCUUCUAAUUUCAAUGACAGCCUGUCAUGUGAGGGAAUGAAGGACAGUGAGGUAAAUACUACCUGGAAAGGUAGUCCAGAUGAAAAACCCAAUGAAUUUUCAACAGUGGAUGCAGAAGAUACUGUUCCAGUGUUAAUAUAUGACUUGCUACAAAAAGAGGUGAUCUUGCUGAGGAAAGCUGGUCAUGAGAAGGAUCAAAGCCUCAAAGACAAGGAUGAUGCUAUUGAGAUGUUAGCGAAGAAAGUAGAUACUUUGACAAAGGCAAUGGAGGUUGAGGCCAAGAAGAUGAGAAGGGAAGUAGCUGCCAUGGAGAAGGAGGUAGCUGCGAUGCGCGUGGAGAAAGAACAUGAAAACAGGGCCAAGCGAUUUGGGAAUACCAAGGGUCCCACAAACAGUUCUCAGCUACUCAUAGGAAGGAAUGUAGCACGAAGUGGGAUGACGCGCAGCACCCAGUAACAAGAUGCCUCAGUUACAGCAGUAAUGAGUAAUCUGCCUUGGCCUGGACUUCAGUUCUUUUUCUUCCUCCCAUCUAUUCCUUCUUUUACACUUUUGUGGUUGAGUAUAAGAUUGUAACUCGCAUGCUGAUGACAGAAUAUUCUUCACUGAGUUUGUCAAGAAAGUAAAAAAGUGAGGAAGAAAGCUUGUGGAUGAAUUGUCAUGCUUCUGACUUAGACUGUCCUUUAGCCCUCUGCUUCGAAUCAGCAAGAAAGAAAAUGGAGGAUAAAUGAAGUUGAGCUAACCUUUUUUUGGCAGAAUUUAUUGGAGUGGCAGUGGUUGUGUUGUAUAGGUAGCUUGUUGGCAUUCCCUUGUGUUGGUCAUUUUACAGUCUAUAUUUGUAAUCUGCAGCUAGUUUGAUUGUCAUUUGUUCAGGUUUGUCAAUAUUCUUGUAAUCAUAUAAAGAUCAUAGUUCUCAUGA